UCUUUUGUACCUAGCAACCUCUAUAUAUAUAUACAUGAUACUUACAAUCAGAUAUUUAGAGAGAGAUGGAGAUAAUGCAAAAGCUCCAUUCUUUUAAUCUCCAUUUUCUCUUGCUAUGUUUCUUACAUUUCUCAUUGCUAGCCCUCUCAUGGCCUUCAUAUGAAGCCAAUAACUAUGAAGGCUCUUCUGAGCUUGUUAAUCUUGAAUACCAUAUGGGUCCGGUUCUUGCUUCUCCGAUCAAUCUCUAUAUAAUCUGGUACGGUUCUUGGAAUCCCGGCCACCAAGCCACCGUCAGAGACUUUCUCCGUUCACUCUCUCCCUCUUCAAACACCCAUCACCCUUCUGUCGCUGAUUGGUGGCGCACCGUCCGCCUUUACACUGACCAAACCGGAGGGAAUGUCACCGCCGACAUCGCCGUCGCCGGCGAGUAUUUCGAUUUCCGAUACUCCCACGGCAAGUUUCUCAGCCGCUUGUCGAUGCAGCACGUGAUAAAGAACGCCGUCGCGACCGCCGGCGCGCCGCUGGAUCACCGGAGCGGGCUGUACUUGGUGCUGACGUCACACGACGUUGAAGUCCAAGAUUUUUGCCGGGCGGUUUGCGGGUUCCACUACUUCACGUUCACCUCCGUCGCCGGCGCCACCGUGCCGUACGCGUGGGUGGGGUACAGCGGCAGCCAGUGUGCCGGCAUGUGCGCCUACCCUUUCGCUUGGCCGGAGUAUUCCGGGCGGCCGCCCAACGGCGGGAGCGACCUCAUGAGAGCGCCGAACGGGGACGCGGCGACGGACGGGAUGAUCAGCGUGUUGGCUCACGAGCUCGCCGAGAUUUCGAGUAAUCCGCUGGUGAAUGCUUGGUACGCCGGAGAUGACCCGUCGGCGCCGACGGAAAUAGCUGACUUGUGCUUGGGUGUGUACGGAAGCGGCGCCGGGGGCGGCUAUGUCGGAGAGGUGUAUAAAGAUUCUCAGGGGAAUGGCUUUAACUUGCAUGGAGUGAAUGGAAGAAGGUUUCUUGUUCAAUGGGUUUGGAACCCUAUCAAGAAAAGAUGUUUUGGCCCCAAUGCCAUGGACUAGAAUAUUUGUAAAUAUUUUCCAUUUUAAUUUCAAUCAUAUCU